AGGCGUGAUGUUGAAGAUGUUGUGCGUUUCAUGUUUCAGUGCGCUUGAUAGUAAAUCCGCAAAGGUUAGAAGUAGAAUGAAAAAUUCGAGUAAAAGGUCAACGUGUGCUCAAUGCAUAAAUCAAAUUGUAUUAGUUGCAAACUGGUAGAAAAGUAGGGCUGCAUAGCGGCAACACGAAAACAUCAGUAACGGAGUAUUAGAAAGGAACGAGAAAACAAGAUAUCAUUCGAGGAGACGGUACCGCGAUCGUGUAGCUGAUACACCAAGCUACGGAAAGUGGGCCAAUGGUACAACAGUGACAACAUCGGCAACAGUACUGGAUUAUGCAGUGAAAGCAAGACGAGAACCAAGUUCGCAGGCAAGAAAUCUAUCUUUGACAACAUCGGUGACGAGAUCCUAGAAAGACAGAAAGUAGAAAUACGGGCGACUAGGGCGAAGUAGAGAUGGAGAUUCCAUCCGACGGAGGUGAUUAUAUUAGAAGCUUUUUCUCAUUUGCGGAAUGUUGCUCCAGACCGUUUUGCAUCUGCGGCGACGUUUUUUUUUUCGUUAUGGAAAUGAAAUGAAAAAAUUUGUCAAUUUCACUGUGCAUGAUGUUUGAAUUUUGAUGCAAACAGGCAUGGCAGCGGCGGCGGCUGCCGAAGAACAGCGUCAGCACCAGAAGGAGAAGAUGAUGGAACACCAGGGCCAGCAGAAGGGUGAGACACAGCAGGAACAACAGGGCAACAGUUUUCAACAGCAAAUGGGUAUGUUUUACGCAGCGCAGGACCAGAAUGCGCAGUGGUACCACGAUGCGCAGCAGCAGCAACAGCACUCCUCCUGGCUGCAGCACCCUUCCUAUUUUGACCCGGCGGCGCAACAGCACCAACAGCAAAAUCCUGCUGCUGCUGCCAUGGACCCGAAUGCGCUGGCCAGCAUGUACGCCGCCGCGGCGCAGGGAGCGGCGCCGGGCGGGGGCGCAGCGGAUCCGGCGACGAACUUCAUGAUGGCCAAUAUGGCGGCGGCGAUGGCGAAUAUGGGAAAUUUUAACAGCGUAUCAAAUGCAAAUAUGUCUGGGUCUGGAAACUUGUAAUGCUGAGUUGUUAAUAGUGAACUCUCUGUAAUGCACAGCCAAGCAUGAGAAACAUUUUCGCUGCUUAGUGUUGCGCUUUCCGCAUGAGAAACUGCGUUUUGCAUGACAAGCAAGAGGGUCUCUUCUUGGACACGCAUCACAAACUCUUCAGUCAUGGCAGACACGCAUGACAAACCUCGCAUCCUUCCAGACCCAGACACUUUUGCACUUGAUACAGCGCAGACGCGACCGACAUGUACGGUGCGGCGGGGGCCGCGGCUGCCAUAUCGUGAGAAAAAACUGUUUCACUGGAAACUUGUGAUGCAUAGAAUGGAACAAAGACGCAUUUGUCUUGCUACACAUGCAAGACAUUGAGUUGUUAGCUCUGUUUUCCCUUAGGGAUCUCGCAUGGCAAGUUUUCUUUGUCAUGUGUAAGGAACUUGUGAUGCAAACCUGCCAAAAUCCUUACAGUGAAACACUUUUUGCUCGCCAUAUGCCAACAUGCAGGACUACUACAUGCAGGCGGCCGCCGGUUACGACCACGAGCAGUACGAGGACUUUUACCCAGGCCCGCAGGAAAACGGAGGAGGUGGUGUUUUUCUUGUUGUCUUUCUGUUUUGGUUUGUUUUUUCCCUGCUGUGACUGUGUAGAAGAAAAGGUGGUAGAACGUUUCUUGCUCCUCUCCGUUUCAACAUCUUACACACGGCUGUGGCCGCUCUUCAUUUUUUGUCCUCUAGAAACUGUGAUUUUAUAAAAAUGAAAACCGCAACAGAAAACAUGGAUUUUGACUGGACGAAGUUCGCUACCGGCGGAACCACUUCUGGCGAAUCCAACACCACUACUUCGGAGCCGCCGAAGAAAGUGGACGGCGCGCUGACAGGAGAACAAGCAAGCCCGGAUGUCCUCUCGGUGAUCGGUGGGGGCGACUACAGCGGUAGCGGCAAGAAGAAGGACUUAGAACACGUUUCUCUCGACGAAGCAGCUGCGCAUAGUCCGACGUCCUACCCCGGCGGUAUCAUUUCUUCGAAGAGCCACGAUGACUUCAGUAAAUCUACGACGGACGGGAGCUACUCCGUGCCCGCAACAACCGCCGGGUCGACGACGUUGCCGCAGCUGCUGCCCCGGGCCGACAGUCCCGAGGACUACGCCGUUGAGUACUAUCGCGCCGCGGCUGGAGGGGACCACGAUGCGACUACCGAAGAACCCGCGGCGGGGACCAAAACGCCGCCGGCCCGCGUGAACUCCUACGCUAACAAGUUUCCCACCCCGGCCGAGGCCAUGGUCAUCGAGCAGUCGAACAAGAAAAAGAAGCAGCUGUCCAACAAGAAGGGUACCUCCACGACGCCGGGCACCGGCGAGCGCACCACGACGACAGCAGGAGAGGGCACCAACGCUACUAAACGGAUCGAGGGUUUGCAGCAGGCUCUGAAUUUGGACAAGUCUCUGGCGGAGUCGGAGGACACCACGGCCCACGGGCGGAAGAGCACGGGCCACGAGCAGGAGGACACCAGCGUGGUGUCGCCCAUCUGCGGGUUCGAGGAACCGCAGGGUGAGGCGAGCCCGGAAACCCCGGAAGAGGCAUGGAUGAAGAUCAUCAGUGAGCAGGUAAACUAACGUAACAUGAUCUAGUUUUUUUUUGUGUUUCCUUUGGAAUAAUUGGAGCAAGAACACGAUGCUGAAUGUCGAUCCAUGGAAGGAUGUUGAACUGUUUGAAAACGUGCUGUCCGUUGGGUACUUAUAAUUCUCGAACAAAUUUUUAUUAGACCAGUACAACAAACGCUGUACAGACUCCGGCCUCGCGGAAUCUGGACGAAAGUCCGCUGGAUCAACCCACGGUUUUUACCCAGAAGUUCGAGGAGUUGCAGUGUAUGGAGGCCUUGCCGAUGCUGGAAGAAACCAAUGCGGGGUCGUUGGGAAGCUUGGAGGACCUUGCGGAUGGGUAAAGAAAUUGCGAAACUUAUAUCUUCCUAGUACUAGUAGUAGUACAGUAGAGGGCGAUACAAACUUUGAAGAAAUUAUUCGCAAUGUUGUGUAGGUAUUCGUUUUGAAGACUCGCCCUGCGUGAUCGCGUUGUUGCUCUUCGAUUUUGUUGUUCUGCAAAAAUCGAUCGAACCACCACAGUUCCACCCACGUGCCCCCGGAAGGAGCUCUGCCGCGCACCAGCACCCAGCAGUCCGCCAGCGCUGGUGCGCCAGGAGGGGUGGCGUACCCGCACCGCGGCAAGCCGCCGGUGCAUCCGUCGCAGCAGCAGUCCUUCCACCAGCGAGGCAAUGGGAUCACGAUGAACAUGGUGUGCCGCUUUUGGUGGCGUGGGAACUGCGUGAAGGGGACCUACUGCGAGUGGGCGCACCAGAUCCCCGAGGGCUACCACGCCCGGCCCAACAUCAACGACCGCAACAUCCCCAUCGCGAUCGGCUCGGAGCCGAACUCGCGUAAUGGGAGCGGCGAGUGGGGAAACACCGGCGGAAGCCAGAAUCCGACUUCCGGCGCGAGUCCGCAGAUGCGGCCGCAAAACGCGCCGAGUGGACAUCAGCAGAUGCCGCACGGGCAGCGUGCCCAGCAUCCGUCGCCGAACUAUUCGUCGUAUAACGUUCCGAGCGCGGGCUACGGGCAGGGCGCGUACGGUGGGUACGGGGGCUCUUCGUACCACGGCGGGUAUCACGGUUCGUACGGAAACUACCAGUACGGAGCCCAGAACGCUUACGGCUACGGCAAGGGGGGCCGCCAGUACCAGAAUUCCUACAGUCAGCAGAUGUACAAAGGUGGACACCAUCUCACCGACAAGAUGAACAACCAGGGAAAAGGGGCGGUUCCCGGAGGAUCAGUUACAGCCCCUGCUGGUGACAACAGCGCAGGUGGAGCGGCGAUUGCGGGCACUGCUAACGCGGGUGCCGAUGCGGGCGGGAACUCGGGCAACCCGACGCCGAAAAGCGGCCCGGUCACCGGGAGCCCGUCAAAGAAGCCGGACGAUCCGGAAAACACCUCCUCCGGAGAGCAGUCUACCGCACAGCAGGCGGGCGGAAGCGGAACUAAUGGAGCUGCGGCCCAAGCGACAAAUUUCGAUGGAACUCCUGGCAUCGUGUGCCCAAUGGCGGGCGGUGCGAAUACUCACAGGAAGCCAGGGCAGAAGGACACCUCGACAACUCUGUGUUACUUCUGGAAGAUCGGAAAGUGCGAAAAGGGUGACAAGUGUGGCUGGGCCCACCCCCCGGACCUGUAUCGGAGCGGGUGCUCCCUAAAAGAGCGCGGCCGUCCGCAGGUGCUGCAGCGUGGCGGGAUGGGAAGUGUCGAUGUGCGCACUAUGUCUAUGGUCGGGAGUGUUGGUGCCCCGGGAACGAAGGGCGGGCUUGUGACCGGGAACGGAACCACUGCGCAAGUGGCUGGAGCGGUGGGAGCCCAAGCCGCAUCAUCUUCCGGCAACGAUCAGUGUGCCAUUGGGGUAAGUAGUUACUUUUUGUGUCGAUGUCCGGUCGUCACUUGGAAACUUGUUGCAUCAAUAAAUCAUAGAGAAAUAAUGGAAAUCAUGGGCGUUUGUUCAAUUUGUUUUUACCAAUACUGUUCACUCACUUGCAAAUGGUACAAAUCAACAGACUGCCGGUGCUCCCUCCGGUGCGGCUGGAGCGAACGGUGGGAACGGGGACUCGGGUGCACCGACCUCCGAUGCCGCGUCCUCUAGUACUUCGAACAGUGGAAACGUCCUGAUCGGCUGGCAAAACAGCUCUCUCGUGAUCGCUAACCAGCAGCUUACCCUGCGCAGCCCGUGGUUGUUGAUGAUCCUCGGCUGGAUGAUCACGGUCUUCUGUGCCUGGUAUGUCGGACAAACAAAGAAGUAGAGGAUGAUGGUAGAAGAUGUUACUUUGUUAUCAAACGAAAGAAAAAAAAAGAUGUAAACAAAAAGAGGCUUCUAGUAGAGCGGCGGAGUGACAACCUCUCUGAAGUUUGCAGUUGCUUGCGACAACCUGAAUCCUCUACGGACACCGGCUCUAUUGGACAGGUCCGCAGAGGCGCAGUAUAGUCGUUCUGCGACUGUGCUACGUUUCUGGGAAGCUGGCCAACAAGAACUUCUUCUACACACGACCAUGAAAUUUGUACAAGUAUGGUUUCCUACUGAGCUCUGUAUUUGAAUUGGCGUGGACGAAAAAUGUAUUUGGUAUAAAGGCAACAUAUUUCUUAAAAGCCACACCGCAACUACUACACGGCAGAUCAGAGAUAAAGAUACAGUUUCCUCUACUCAUAGCUACGUACGCAGAUAUUCAAAGAUGAACAUGAGAAGUGAAGAAGUCGAUGUAACAAAAUAUUUCGGAGUCACAACAGCAAAAUUAGAACAGGUGAAAUUAUACUUCAUAGUCAGAGCAGGCACGAUGGACAUUUCCUUAUCCUCCACGAUGAGGUACAACGCCGAACGCCUGGAGAAAGGACAAUAGCGUCACAAAUUCUGAACUGACUUUGGAAUUAUCGGGUCUGGUCGCCCGUGCUACAGCGAAGAUGGACGGUAGUGGUUUUAGGAAGGUGCCAGACCUGGUGUAAUUACAGAUUCUUAUGGCAGCAAGUAGACCCGAUUGGGACGAUCACCAAGUUUGCAAAAAACAGAGACAGACUCAAAGCAGUAUGAUUCGAGGGUGCUAUCUUCACCUCGCUUCGAUUGCGAUGAACAUUUUUCUUCCUAGAUCUUAUGUAUCAACGACCGCAAGGAGGCGGAGGCGGUUUAUUCUUUCCUGUAGCAUUCGUUGUGCGUUUUUUAUCAUCCAAGAUGCUGAUAAUUAUCUCGCACCCGGCGGUAAUAAUAUUUGCAUUCUGAACUGAAUCUGUGGCGAGCAAAAAAAGAUAUAAUAAGCUCUAGUAUUGUUACCCUUGUGCCUAGCACGAAAAUUGAGUAGUUUCGAGCUACUGAUUUAUUGAUUUACGACGGGAGGUCAAUAGUAGCGCAGCGAGGUCGACGACGCGUUUUCGUUUGAAGACAAUAAGGAAGUACUCCUGCGUGAUACUUUAUACUGAUGUUGAUUUGGCUCGGGGGCCGGAAUCACCAAGCUUUUCGCAGCGGAGCGUAUGCAAUAAUUUCAAGCGGCACCUACUCUGCUUCCCUUCUGGAGCACGAUGUGGUGGAACCAAUUCAUAGAUCUUAUCUAGUUGCCCAGCAACGGGGUGCUGAGUCGCACUUUAGAAGGAAGUGCGGCCGAAUUUUGUUGGUCUCAGAAAAAAAACUUAGGAACAUCUUAUUCGAGUAAGAAGAUUUAUCAUCAAAAAUCAGUAAUGCCGGAAGGCUGGCAUUGUUUGAAGUUUGAGAUUCUAUUCAGUUUAAUUCUAUCAGAUAGGUUUACCGAUUGUUGAUUGUUACAGAUAAAACUUUUGUAUAGUCAAACACUAGAGUGUAGGGCGGUGGUAGUGCUUUUGCAUGGCGGAACCGGAAGGCUGCUGCCGUCGUUUUCUUACGUAUGUUACAACUGAUAUUCGGAAUUACAACGAAGUAGCUCAACAGAUUUUUGUUUGUGCUGCAAUAAAAGGCAGAAACAAGAAUUUCGGCUACGGAAGCACAAGAAAAAAAAGCUCUCUUGAAUCACAAUCUGACAAAAAAGCAAAGUUUUAA